AUGAGCGCCUCCAAGAGGGGGCGCCACCGAGCUCACGUGUCUCCACCUGCAAGAGCCGGAAAUGACCAACUCCUGGGGCAGGUGGAGCAGGGAAGCGCCUUCCAGGCGGUGGGAAGAGCCGGUGCGGAGGCCCUGAGGCAGAGGCUGGCACCGGGGAGGAACGGACCAGCAGAAGGGAGGAAGACGAAGUGGGGGGGCGGGAGCAGCAGGAGAGAGAGGAAGGGGCUGCCUGUUGACGAAGCAGGAAGGAAGGUCGGCUUGGCCGGCAGAGGGCCAUGGGAGGACAAAGGGUCGCGGGGAAGCUGGCAGGCAGGUGAGACCUGGCGGGCCUGGCUCACACCUGUCCGCCUCCGGUGGCCAGGACGGGACAGACCUUGUUCAGUCGAAUCUCUCCAGGUUCUUAAAGACGCCUUCAGGAACAGACUGGCCAGGCUGGCUGACUUCAGCCUCGCCGCCACCUGCUCUUCGUGCCUCUUCUCUUUACCGAGCUCCUUACUCCUCCGCGGGAGUGAAAGAAAGGGACGCCCGUCCUGCGCUUCCCGGGUCUUGCCCUUGUCCUUGUUUGCCCGCUGCUGCUUCCCUGUUGUGGCCCAGAUGAGAAAACAGAGGCGCUAGCAUGUCAGGUAAACCCUGAGGGAUAAGAAGAGAUUCAU